AUGUGAACUGGUUAUCUCCGCCAAUGGAGGAGCCACUGAGAAACUGGCAUCUGGGCUUCUUCAGCCGUUUAUUUCCCACUUGAAAUGUGCUAAAGAUCAGAUUUCUAAAGGGGGUUACUCCAUUACUCUUCGCCCAGUUGCUGCAGGACCCAGCCCUGCCUGGUUCACCAAGGGCACUCUUCAGAGAUUCGUGAGAUUUGUCAGCACGCCGGAGGUUCUUGAGAGAUUUGUUACUAUAGAGAAGGAAAUUGUGCAGAUCGAAAAUUCUAUGUCCACAGAUGCAGAAGGAAAUGCGACGAYUGCUGAUUGGAACUCAAAAAGAUCUAGCCCCACCACGAGGGUGAAGGGUGAUUCCGACGAAUCUAAUGACGAUGCUGCAUCUAAGGAGAAUCCCAAGAUCCACCUUCAACGUGUUCUAGAAACUCGAAAGGCAGUGCUACACAAAGAGCAAGCAAUGGCUUAUGCCCGUGCUUUAGUUGCAGGAUAUGAGCUAGAUCAUAUUGAUGAUCUUAUAUCUUUUGCUGAUGCUUUUGGAGCUUCACGUUUGAGGGAAGCAUGUAUAAACUUUAUGGACUUGUGCAAGCGAAAGAAUGAAGAUAAGCUCUGGAUAGAUGAAAUAGCAGCAAUGCAGGCAUUCUCUCAGCCAACAUUUCCAUACUCAGAAACUUCCGGUAUCAUACUAGCUGGUGAAGACAAUGAAACUAACCAGGGUAUCAUGAUAAAUACUCAAGCAUCAAGAUCUGAUUCAACUGCAAGUCAAGGAAGCUUGGACAACAAUCAAGACGGUAGUGUUCCGAAGUCGGCGCAAAUGCCAUCAGUGAAUGGGAAAGCUCAAGUGCCAAUGACAUGGCCUAAUCAUCUUCCUCAAUAUAUGCACAACUUUCAAGGUCCUUUAUAUCCUCCAUAUCAAGGAUAUCUUUUCCCCGGAAUGCAGAUGCCACCACCAUAUUACCCAGGGAAUAUGCAGUGGCAAUCAAAUGCUGAAGACUCCAGUCUUGCUUCUGAUCGAGAGCCUGACGGUCGUAGGAAUUCUAAAUCUCAUAGGAACAAGAAGAAACUUUCUCACAAGGAGGUUUCCAGAACUUCAGAACAAGAAGGAACUACCGAGUCCAGUGUUGACAGUGACUCAGAUGAGCACUCGGAGGAUGAUAAAAAGCAAUAUUUAACAGAAAAAAUACGUAAGAAAAGGAACAGCAAGAAAUCCUCAAGAACAGUCGUUAUACGCAAUAUCAAUUACAUAACCUCUAAGAGGAAUGGUGAAAAGGGCAGCCACUCGGAGGAUGAUUCAUCUGAUGAGGGUGAACUUAUUGAUGGAGAUUCCAUCAAGCAGCAGGUAGAGGAAGCUGUUGGGACAUUGGAGAGAAGACAUAAAUCAACCAAUCGACACCAAAAGAAACAAAAUGGCUUUGGCAAUGCUGAUGACUUAAAUGACUCUGCAGGACAGGAGAUUAAUCGGGUUUCGAAUGAGGGAGAAAAGAUGAGUAGCCCAUGGGAUACUUUCCAGAAUCUUCUUAUGAGAGACGAGCCAGAUAAUCACGGUGGAGAAUUGCCCUCGGUUCAGGAUCAAGACGGACAUUUUASAACCAACACUGACGGAAGAUCACUUAUAUUAGACAUGGAGUCAGAGAAACCACCAAGACAGCGUGAAGUUUCAAGCGAUUCUUUUGUCGUGACAGACAGGAAUUCAGGUAAUGAAGGGAGAACGCAUAUUGAAAAUUUUGAAGCUGGUGAUAUUGCCAACCCAAUUAAUAGAAAGAGGGACAGCACAUACGAGGAGUUAUUAUUUUCACAAAGAGGUGAGGAAGCAGGGAACAAUGGGCAUUCUGUUGCGUCCGAUUUUACCACCGAGUUUUCCAGAAUGAAAAAUCAAAGAGAAGGCGACUGGUUCGUUGGCAAUCCAACUGACAAGUUGGAUAAUCAGUAUGAAAACAUAGGCCACAGAGCUUACGACGUCGAUUUCUCUUCAUCAUUACCUCAAGAUCAUUUCCAUGCAGAGAAAAACAAGAAGGAUGUGUUGGUUGAUGAUUCUUUCAUGAUUCAUGCUCGACCAUUAGUAGAUGACCAAUCUGACUUUCUAUCCAGACGAGACAUAAGCAUGGUGUCGGAUCUUGUUGGUGAUGCCAAAAAUGAGUAUGUCCGACAAGAAACCUCACGAGAUGAUAAGCCUGGAACUUUUGGUGUCAAUGAACCAGAUGACCUUUACAUGAUCCUUGAUCGUGAUGUAGCUACAGAGCACACAGCACCAUCUUGGACUCCAGAAAUGGAUUAUGAAAAUAGUUUUUUAACUAUAGCCAAUAGUAAGCACAAUGAUAUUGUUGAAACCAAUGGUGGCGAUAUCGAGUCGCCUGGUUUGGAGAAAAGCAAUAAAAAUAAAGAAACUCCUGGCGGCAGAGUUCCAAGUAAAGAAGGAAGGUCCAAAUCGUUGGGGGGAUCUCUUGUUAAGGGCAAACCUGAUGUUCAAUCAAGAACAAGAAAACCACUUUCUGGAAGCAGAACUACAGUUCAGAAGAGCAAAUUUGAGAAGGAAGAAGAAACCAGAAAGAGAAUGGAAGAAUUGGCAAUUGAACGCCAGAAAAGAAUUGCUGAAAGAAGCACUUCUAGAAAAUUUGGUAGUGUGAGUUCCAAGCCUGGUGUAACUAAGAUAGAGAAGCCAAAAGGUCAAUCCCAAGUUCAAGAAGCCAAGAAGUCACCUAAGCCUGUACUUAGGAGUUCAACCAUAGAUCGCCUYGCUACCGCUCAUACACCUCAGAAGGUAAMCCCAACUCAAUCACCAUCAGGCCAACCGAAAAAGUUGAUCUCGAGAGCAAAUGGCGUUAGCACUCCUCCUUCAUCCGRAAAGCUCCCCAAAUCUGACAGUAAGAAACUUAUUUYGAACAAAGUAAAACCUUCCGAUUUAAAAAACGGCCACAAGACAUUGAGUAAGGCACUUUCUUCUGAUUCUUAUGGCCAGACAAAGACGGAUGGCAAGGAAGACGUAGCAGCAUUACCAGCUGAGUCGGCAGUACYGAAUGCAACUCAACCAAUCGAGGAUGGUGCCGUUGAUGAUGUGGAAGACAUUAAGGAGGUACACACUACCCAUUCAGUCGAGAAAAAUGAUGAAACUUUUAUUACUCAAGGAGUUGCCUUAGUUGACAGAAGUGGUAAUGGUAAUUCAAACAACAAGGUUUUGUCUGUGCCCACUGAAGAUAAACUUGAACAAAACCAGUUUAAGGGUGGUGAUGAUAUUGAUUUAUCUAAAGCACCUUUAGUUCUUAGUGAAGAAAAAGUCAUUUCUAAUGCUCACAAUGAAUAUACUCCUGAAAAGAUGGUCGAUUUUGCGGCGUUGGCUGAUAAAUCCCUAGGCCCUUCACCCUUGAAUACUGGAGAGAAUGUGGUAGCUGAUUACAUUGCAGCCACAUCUGAAAUUUCUGAGAUCGAAAUCUCGACUCCUCCCUCAACUAACGGGAUGGCCUCGGAAUAUACAACACACUCCAGGAAGAAAUGGAUGACUGAUGAAAACUCUCCUAAAGCGCCUAAAGGGUUUAGAAAGCUGCUCUUUUUCGGACGUAAUAGCCGAAACACAUCUGCAGAUUGAUCGAUCCACCCCUUUAUUGUCUUGUUAAUUCAAUUCUGUGCUAGCCGAUGAUUGUGUUGAGUUCUUUGUUGAGAUUGAGUUCUUCAGUAACCAUGUUGGAUGGACUGCUUAAAUUGUUUGAUUGUUAUGCAGAUAAUACGUGAGUUCAGGUGACUGAGAUGAAGCAAAUAGAUGAUCCUUGUACUUAUUAAGGCCAUGGAUGAUGCUGCCAUGUUUGGAUUUGUGUUGUAAUUUAUAUUAUUUCAUUUUUUUCUA